AAGAAAGAGGGUCGCACAUGUGCAUCAACAUCAGCUGCUGCCCGGCGAUAGAAAAUAGAAAAUACUGUUCUCCACAUGUUGCUCCGGUUGGUUAUAAAUUGUUAGUUUUCUGUUUGGAGUUUUGGUGAAAACAUGGCGGACACGAACGUCAUCAAGCUGCCGGUGACGGAGGAGAGAGGACCGGCCACGAAGAGAGCUCGACCGCCGCAGUUUGACCCAGAAGAAGAAGAACAAAACCGGCAGAAAAACGUGAAGCGCGUGGCGGCGCUGGGGGAGAAGGACGGGUCGGUGAAGCUGCUGGAGGAGCUGGUGUUCGGGGCGGAGGCCGAGCUGCUGCACCGGCUGGUGGAGGAGGAUGAGGAGCGGACUGACACUCUGUUGGUGGAGGACGAAGACGACGAGUCCGGUGAAUCGGAGGAUGAGAGCGAGGCUCGUCUGCAGCUCCAGCCGGCCAGGAAAGCCGCCUGGGUGGAUGAGGACGACGAGCUGGAGGAAGAGGUGGACAUGAAGCAUCGUUACCGCAGACACCUGGUCCGAGGCGAGGCCGAGUCCACCAUGACCAAACAGAAACUACAGCAGAGGAUGAGGGAGCAGUUUCAGAAGUCGAUGGGAGGAGCUCCGUCCUGGGCGGAGAGCGGCGCCAAAAAGAAGAAGAAGAAAGCUGAUGAUGAUGAUGAUGAUGAAGAUGAGGAGGAAGAGGAGGACGACCUGCUGAGGAGGACGGGAAACUUUGUGGCGUUUUCAGACAGUCUGCCCAGCGGCAUCGUGAGGAUGAAAAAGUGUCUUCACGCCAACAGCGCUCGUCCGUCAGAGGACAGACUGACCACGGUCCAGUUCCACCCCUCCGCCCAGGUCGUCAUGACGGCCGGCCUCGACCAAUCAGUGUCGCUCUUUCAGGUGGAUGGGAAGACGAACCCGAAGAUCCAGAGCAUCCACCUGGAGCGUUUCCCCGUCCACAAAGCUCAGUUCAGCCGCGACGGAGAGACGGUGAUCGCCACCAGCCUGAAGAACAAGAUGUUCUACCUGUACGACAUGAUGGAGGGCCGGGUCACACCUGUUCACUCCGUCAGAGGUCUGAAUGAAGCCAGAGUGAAGGAGUUCUCAGUUUGUCCUGAAGGAGGCGCUCUGCUGCUCACAGGCACCAACGGAUACCUGCACCUGCUCACACUCAAGACUAAGGAGGUUGUUCGUAGUAUGAAGAUUAACGGUGACGUCUGUGGCGUCGCCUUCUCCCAUGACAGCGGCAAAGUCUUCAUCAACUCAGAGGAGGGGGAGGUGUAUGUGUGGGACAUGCGCAGCAGCCGGUGUGUGAACAGGUUUGCAGAUGACGGCUGUGUGAAGGGAACGUCCAUCGCCGCCUCACGUAACGGACAGUACUUGGCCUGCGGCUCUCAGUCGGGCGUGGUCAACAUCUAUUCUCAGGAGGCGUGUCUAAAUUCAGCCAAUCCAAAGCCCCUGAAAGCGGUGAUGAACCUGCUGACCUCAGCGACCUCCCUGACCUUUAACCCCACGUCUGAGAUCCUCGCCAUUGCGUCCCGAGAGGACGAGGCUGUACGGCUGGUCCACCUGCCCAGCCUCAGCGUCUUCUCUAACUUCCCCGUCUCUAAGAGGAAGUUCGUGUACCGAGCCAGCUGCCUCGACUUCUCCCCACACAGCGGCUUCUUCUCAUUGGCCAACAACAAAGGACACGCCCCCCUCUUCAGGCUGCUGCAUUACAAAGACUUCUGACGGAAACGACGACCAGAGACGAGACGUCGAGCUGCUGCUGCUGCUGCUGCUGCUUCAUGUUUUAGCUCGUUAUCUACAAACUCUCCAAAUGAUCAAACCUCAAAUCUGAUGAAGGAUUUGGAAAAUGAUUGACAGGAAGUAGACUGACAGUUCGUGGUUAUGGCGAAGGUGUGAGGUUUGGUUCAGACGCUGAAGACGCACGAGCCGAUCAGCUGAUCAGUCUGUAUCUGUCCACGUCUGUUUUUAUCUUUUGUAUAAAAGAAAUAAACCAGUUCAACAUG